AUGUCGACUUCUCCGAAGCGCAAAAGCGAAGGUCCAGACAGCACCAAAGACACAGCCAAGCGAGCACGCGUGGAAGGCGACAGCGACAACGAUAAGGCUGAGGAAAUGCCCUUCACCACAACCACCAAUGCCGCACCCGACUCUCAGAUCGACCACAAGGCCGCAAUCGCAUAUUGGUCCUCGACCGAACCCACCGUCAACGGUGUGCUCGGCGGCUACCCACAGGUCUCGCGCAUAGACUUGCAGGGCAGCAGCAACUUUCUUGCGAAGCUACGACGACAAUCGAAGCACUUCCCUCCUGGCAAGAAACUCGGGAGAGCAGUAGAUUGCGGAGCGGGCAUAGGCAGGGUCACGACGGGCUUCCUGGGCAAAGUGGCAGAAGUGGUGGACAUCGUUGAGCCGGUUAAGAGCUUCACGGACGAGAUCAAGGGCAAGGAGAACGUGGGCGAGGUCUACAACGUUGGGCUUGAAGAGUGGCAUCCUCAGAAAGACGGCGUGGGACCGUACGACCUAAUAUGGAACCAGUGGUGUCUCGGGCAGCUGACGGACGCUCAGCUGGUGGAGUAUCUGCAGCGAUUACCUCCAGUGCUGAGUGAGGGUGGGUGGAUUGUGGUCAAGGAGAAUCUGAACAAUCACCAUCUGAAUCAGGAUGUGUUUGAUGGGACGGACAGUAGUGUCACGAGGACGGAUAAGAAGUUCAGGCAGUUGUUUGAAGAGGCGGGGAUGAAGCUGGUGGCGACGGAGCAGCAGAGAGGGAUGCCACAAGGACUGUAUGCCGUGAGGGCGUAUGCUUUGCAGCCGAAGGGGAAGAAGUGA